CCUGCGGUUGGCAAAAUAAUCAACUCAAUCAGUGCUUGCAGAAAUUUUUAAACGAAUUGCAUUUUUGGUCACGUAGCGAAACCUUGACUUUGUGCACAGAGCUACAUGUGAUAUGCAGAGGCAAAUAUGUAUAGAGUGCGAUGUAUAUACGUAUAUAGCGACAAAUUGGCCCUAUCUCGACCGUGAUGUCAUCAGCCAUGUGAAUCACGCCCCAUCUACAGAUAGGAGGACACGAAGCUCCUGGCAGCAUUUUAAUUUUUAUGCAUAUUCGGCUAGCAAGUGAAAUAGCUGGAGCUGUUGAUGGCGGCGUCAGGAGUUGGCCAAGAGGCGCAUUUAUUAUGCACGUCAGCACGCCAAAAGGUAAACCUAGGAGGAGAAGCAAGCAAGGGAGCAGGAGCGGAGAGGCGGAGGAGUGGAAACCAUGCAUGUGGUCUGCUACCCACUUUGGCAUUUUCGUCUAAAUUGUGGUUGUCGCUCGCACAAAGUAAAUAAGAUUAAUUACAGCCCAGGCGCAAAUUGAAUUAUCAAGCAGCGAGCGAGGUGCAGAUGGGCAGAGGAAAGCUUUUAAUUUAAAAGACGACCCAAAGUGUCAACUACCUUAAAAUGAUAAUGAUAUUGAUGCUAAUGCUAAUGCUGAUGCUAAUGCAGUUGCUAAUGCCAAUGCAUAAGGCCCUAAAUAAUUAGCUGACAACGACUUAUUGGCCUGUUAGCCCGACACAAACGGCUUGACAACUUCACAAUGGACGUGUGCCGUAUGUGGGCUAUGAAAUUUGUUGGCCAGAAGUACCUGUCAUAUAAAAUGGCACCUUAAGGACACAAUGCUGUGAUACGAAGAGAGAGGAGGGAAAGUGACAGAGACAGCUUUAUCGGGGCACGCAUAAAAGGCACAUUUAAUGCCAUAAAAAUGCGAGUAUAUAACAAGAGGAGGCUUCUGUUGCCUGGAAUUUUGAGCUUCCCGUAUUCGGGCUAAAAGCGCAACGCACACAAUUUCGCCCCUUGACCCGCUCGCCCCACUGCCUCGACGACCCCGCCGCACAAACACUCAACUUGCCCCAUGCUGCUGUUGCUGUUGCUUCUCGUUGGCAUUUUCAUCAACAACGCACAAGUUCGCGCUUAACGUCAAUUGUUGACGUUAAACCAAAGCGUCAGUGUGAAAUACUUUUUCAUGCCGCAUUACCCGCGGCCCACACCCGCCCGUCUGCCGCCCACAGUUCACUCAAGCUUUAAGCUGGAAAAGCGGGCCAACUGCUUGGCACUUGAGCCAGCAUAUCAUAUGGCAUACAUGCGCACAUAUGACAAGUUUGAGACUCCUUGAGAUGCUAGGCCCAGGGCGGAGACAUGCCGCGUGAGUGCCAAACGGAUUGGCCAAGCGGAGGCAGUGCAAAAUGAAGCCGACAAGCGAAAUCCCAGCGGCAACGACACGCACAAUAAUAACAAUACAAUAGAACGUAAAGGAAACGACUAGCGGAAUACCCUUCAAGACUGAUCCGUAGCCCGUUUGGGAGCUGAAUGUGUUUGUGUGUGCUUUGACCAUGCCCAUUUGCAAAAGUUCGCCGGCAACGGCAACGAGCAAGAAAACCGCCGCGGACAUAUCAGCCGAUCAUGUCACGGAGGCGGCCCAGGUGAAGCGUACACGGGAACAGGCCUAUUUCAAUUCGUACGACUUCGAUGCAAUCGAGGUGCUGCCCUACGACGAGGAGGACGAGGACGACGGUCUGCCCGGGGGCAGACACAGUCGCGCCAGCAGCGGACGUUAUUCGGUGGCCAACGAGAGCAACAGCAGCGGCAGCCACACCAAGUUCGCCUAUCUGCACAGGCUGGGCGCCUUCUUUGGCCAGAAAUCAGCUGCGGAUGGAGCAGGUGCAACGGCGGGCCAUAACACUGGAGGAGCCGGAGCUACUCAGGAGCUUGGUGGCGUUGCCCUCGCUGCUGGGCCAACAAAUGAUAACUUUUUGCUGCCACGCGCCAUGCUGAAGUAUCCAUAUCAGAGCGGCAAUGCGACGACUUCAAUGCCAUUGACAACGUCGCUCUCAAUGAUCCACGCGAAUGGCUCGGCUGCUCUUGAGAGCCAAACGGUUGCAUCUGUGACCAGACCGAACGAUAUCAAGCCAAGUGUGGUGGCCAACAAGAAACGCUCCACGGCAUCCAAUGCCAGCAGCACACAUACUACGGACUCCGGCCUGGGCACCAACACAGCAGCAACAACAAAAACAGCAUUAGUAGCAGGGGCAGCUGUGGUAGCAACACCAACUGCGGCAGUAGCUGCAAGCGGCUCACACUAUUCGACCGAUAAAAGCGGCUCGUCCGGUUACUAUAGCUCUCAUGUGUGCUCCACAUACUCGCUGGACGAGCACAUCUACUGCGAACCGGUCAUAGAUAUCCUAGAAGCCAGCGAUAAAGAGAAGAGCAAGAGCAAACGGCCACAGCUGCAGCUGCCAACGAAAGUGACGGGCCAUGAGAAAGAGACGACGGCGAUUAGUCAGCAUUUGGACAUGCAAGAUGCUAUGUCUACGGGCCUGGCAGCCGACCAAGCGGCGGAUAAAACGGAGCAAAUAGCCGUGGGCAACAGCCAGCAGCAGCAGCAGCAGCAGGAGCAGCCGCACUACAGCGACAAGCUGCGCAUCCUGGAGACAAGCAUUGAGAAUCUGGAUCGUCAUUUGAAAACCUUGCCCAGCCUCUAUGCGCAGCAAGCGCCAGCUGCCGCAGCAUGCGCCACAAUGGAUAUUGGCGAGAAGCUGCGCGCCUACAACCAGCUGCCCACAAUUAUGGAAGGCUAUGCCACACAGCGGCAACAGCGGCAACUGGAGCAGCUGGAUGACUCACUGCUCGACAUCGAUUUGGAUGCAUUUCUGCUGCAACCCAAGCAGCAGCAGCAGCAGCAACAACAGCAACAGCAGCAACAACAGCCACGCCGACAGCGGCAACAGCUGCUGCUGGCAGGCAUUGAUAAUCCGAGUUUUUUGAGCGACGAGCAGCUCGAGGAGAACAAUUACAAGUGUGCCAAAUACAUAAACUCCUGCCCGGAGGAUGCCUAUCGUGUGGACAACGAAUCAUCGGCCCAUGCCCAUGCGAAACGCUAUGAAGAUCAGCUGCACUUUCAGAGCACACGCGAGCUGCUGGAGGAUGUGCGCGACAAGAUACGCCUGCUGGCGCCCACGCCCACAACAGACAUACCGCAGGAGCUGGAGGGCAUGAUACAAACGCUCAAGGACGAGCUGGAGUCCUAUCUGCAGCGCAUGAACCAGCACAGCGAGCUGGAGCUGCGCCAGCUCUGCAGCGGUCUGGGCCGCCAGCAGCAUGUGGUGCGGCUGCAGAAUGCGCUUGAGCGCAGGCGCAGCUUUGCAGGUGAGCUGCAACUGAAUGCCUACGAGUCGGUGCGCGACGGCGUCCUAAUCUCCGCCUGCGGUCGGCCGCUAAACGUGCGCGAACAGAUCAUGAGCAUACGCUGUGCCAGCGAUCCGAACUUUAAGAUGAAACGCAAAUCCAUCACCGAGGUGUUUCCCGUCGCCGAGUGCUAUAUUGAGACCAUGACGUUAUCGCGCAGUGCCACGCCUACAACCAUGGAGACGCCCACACCGACAAUCACGCCCACGCCCACACCACCGCUGGAACUGAAGGCAACGACAACAACAACAACCAUGGUCACCCAAAUGCAACGCAAUCUAACCUUCCACAAGCCCGUGCUCAGCGUGGAGAACACCAGAUCGCGGCUGGGCAACGGUCUCGACAAGAUCGACAACACAGCCGAAUGGCAUCGCAAAAAGCCGAGCAUCUGGGAGAUGUACUACGGCACCAAUCGACUGCAUCAAUCGCUGCUGGGCAAGCAACGCCACAGCGGCGGCGAACUGGUCAUCAGCAGCGCACAUCCGACGCUCUCCUAUCCAUCAUCCAGACCCGAAUCGGAUUUUACGCUCGACUUGCCGCGCGCCGAGCAGCUGCGCCUCAAAAUGGAAAAGGAGAAGAAGUUCCGCCAAAGAUGUCGCCUCAUCACCACAUUUCUAAGUCUGGUAUUCUUUCUACUGACCGUGAUGGUUGUCAGUUUGGUUUUAACGCGCGGCAAACGCAUGUUUGGCAGCAUGAUUUAGCCAAGGAGUACCAUAUAAAACUGAAUAUAAGCAAAAAAGAACAACAAAAAAAAAACAAAACAAAAACUAGAACAAAAUUAAAGUGCCGUAGUAAUUCUUAGAUCCAACAGUAACAGCUACAUAAUAACUGCAACGAAUCGUAGGGGCAUUAAGAUAAUAACUAAUUUCUAGUAUUAGAUCUAGUUUAUUCGUCACUAGUAUACACUAUAAUCGGAGGGGCAACAUGCUUGUUGUGCCUGUUUUCGGCAGCCGCAGCCGCAGUAUUGUUAAUAAAUUAUUUUUGUGAUCUUAGCUGUUAAGUGAAAAGUGAAGUUUUGUGUUUGUCUAAAAAUCAUGAUAAAUCAUGUCCAUCAUAAAUGCUGAUUGUAUUAGUCGUAAGAGAGUACUGUACAAUGACCUUAUAGUGUGUAAAAGUGUUUGUGUGCGUCGAUAAAUAAAGCAAUAUCAAUGAAAAUAUGCAUACUAAAAAAAAAAGAACCGAAAAAACGGGCUUAUACGUUUCUCAAAUACACACACAUUUAUUUGUUUAACCGUUAUUCACGUUAUACAUAUACAUAUACAUAUAUCAUAGACAAUACACACACACACACACACGCACACAACAUGUGUUAGUGCUUGCAUGUUUUAGGUAUGAAUGUGUAGAAAAUAAGUUCAAAGCAUUUAUCGUAUGCAUUAAUUGCAACUUCUUACAUAGUACAUAUCUUUUGGUAUCACAAA